UGUUUUACACGCUACCGCAGUAAAAACAGAGCUGCCCCGUCCACGUUACAAGUCGAUCAACAAGAUGUUAGACUUUGUGAUUUUUGCAGCGACUUUUCUUAUAGCCUUAUUGAUAGCCAUAAUUUACUUGUAUCCGGGAUCCAGAAGAGUUACAAGCAUACCAGGUCCAGAGCCAACAACAAAGGAGGAUGGGAACCUGUCAGACAUUGCCCGCGCUGGGAGUUUACACGAGUACCUCCUUGAGCUACACAAACAGUACGGUGACAUCACUGCCUUCUGGAUGGGACAGGAACUCGUCAUCAGUAUCUGCUCUCCAGAACUCUUCAAACAGCACGCAGCCGUGUUUGAUCGACCACCUUCCUUAUUUGAGCUUUUUAAGCCACUGAUUGGAGAGAAGUCCAUCCAGUACGCCAACAAGGCUGAGGGUAGAAGACGGAGAAAGUGUUACGAUUCUGUGCUGGCCCAUGAUUACCUACAUCACUACUACCCAGCUAUACAGGAGAUUUCCGAUAACUUGGUGAAGAAGUGGUCAAGUAUAGCUAAGGACGAGCACAUCCCCUUAGCACAGUACAUGAUCGGGUUCGCUUUAAAGCUGGGGCUGGUCAACUUGUUUGGAAGUAAAGCCUGGUCAGACGAACAGAUUCUAGAGUUCAGUCAUCAGUAUGAAAUUGCAUGGCAGGAAAUGGAGAGGAGGUUAACAGAGGGUUUCCCCGAAGACGGAAGUUCGAGGAUGAAAGCUUUUGAGGACGCCAAGAAAAGAAUGUCGGAGCAGGUCAACAAAAUAAUAAAAAACUGCAAGAAACACAAGAAAGACCCGAAUGAAUAUUUAUUGAUUGACGCGCUACUAGAAAGCACAACAGACGAGGAGCUGGUCUUCUCAGAUGCCUUAACUUACGUCAUCGGGGGGUUUCACACGACGGGAAAUGUUUUAACAUGGGCAGUGUACUUUCUGGCCACCCAUCAGGACAUACAGGAUAAAGUCUACAAAGAGAUCAAAAAAGUUCUUGAAGAUGAGGAUGUAGACCCUAAAACAUACAAAGAUUUAGUGUACCUGCACCAAGUUAUUGAUGAGACUUUAAGGUGUGCCGUUGUGGCCCCCUGGGCCGCUAGAUUUCAGGAUUUCGACUCCGAGCUUGGAGGGCAUAAAAUUCCAAAAAAUACUCCUGUGAUUCAUGCCCUUGGUGUGAGUCUGCAGAAUGAAAAGUACUACCCCAUUCCCAACAAGUUUGACCCAGAUAGAUUUAGUCCUGAAAUCUCAAAGUCCAGACCAAGUCUUGCCUUCCAGCCGUUCGGAUUUGCCGGGAAGAGGAUCUGUCCAGGAUACAAAUUUGCCUAUGUUGAAGCCACCAUAGGACUCGUGACCUUGCUAAGAAAGUUCAAGGUCAAACUGAUUGAAGGUCAGGUCGUGACCCCAGUGCAUGGCCUUGUAACUCACCCAGAAGAUGAGAUUUGGGUUAAAAUUGAGAAAAGAUAAAAUGGAGUGUUUUGAUAGUGUUCCUUCAUUUUUAUAAUUAUGAAAUUAAAUACAUAAUAUCAAGUGGCAACUUCAUUUGUGUCAAGUUGCAAUUUACAACUUGUUUGUUUUAAGGCAAUACAGUUUUUAUCUUUAGAAACUUGUUAUUGCAUUCUGUAGAUGAAGGCUUAUUUAUGUUAUUUUCUGUGUAAACAGACUGUAAAAGAAGACUUAUUUUCUGUUAUAUGCUUCAAGUGACAUGUUACACUAGAGUUAUGAACUCUCAUAAUCAUGUACUAGGAAUUGUUCAAAUAAGUCAUCUGUUUUGGAGUCACUUGAUUAAUUUACCUUGAAGUCAAUAUCACUAGUCAGUAUUGGCUAGUAAUUGUCGGCCUGAAUCCUCAGAAACCUUUGCUCUUUCACUCUACACCAGAACAUACUACAGGCACUUAGCAUCAUUUUUGAAAGUGGGGGGG